AUUGAUAGAAUUUAGAAAAUAUAAAGCUUAUUUGAUCUAUGCUUUGACUAUAUACUGGAGUUAAUGCUCGAUAAUUCCUGAACCAGUGGAUUUCUUUUCUUAAAACUUACAUUUUUGAAUUUAGAAUUCUGCUAUGUAAAAAGAUCCUCAAAGUAAACGUCGCAUUCAUUAAUGCAUGCGUUUAUCCUUUUGAGACAGCGUUCCCUAUUUAUUAAUAGACAAGGGAAUGUUUUCACUACGCAUCAUUCUUCAAUAUAACAUUCCCAGCUAGUUUGUUACAGCGUACAAAUAAUUUACAAGUCCCAUUUUACUAAGCGUAGAUCAAUGAUGACACUCCCAUUGUACAAAGCGUAGAUCAAUGAUGACGCGCAAGGAUUAUAAUUGAGCAUGAUUCACAGGACACCGAAUGGUUGUCAUGACAGCAAAUUGUAAACUUUUUCUAUAGAUACACAUGUAUUGUAGUUUGUGUAUCAAGAAAUCCUUUGAUGAGAGAAUAAGAUAUAAGCAUGGCCAUGAAUAACAAUAUAGACACAAUUUUGAGCGAGUUAGGGUGGAAUGAUGGAUUUCGAAUACCAAUAGCGAAUGAGGAGAACCGAAAACUGGAGGAAGAAGUAAUAGUCACUCGUAUUGAUUUGGUUUUCCUUUGAAAUUAUUGAGAGGAAAAUGAAACUGAAAAAGAGUUUAAGUGCAAAACUGGAGUCUACGGAAGAACGACUGAGAAUGAUGAAGAACCGUAUUUCGAAUUUGAAAGUGGAGCGAGAUAUAAAUCAGAAACUCUUAACUACUCAUUCGACUCAACUUGAAACAGAGAAUCAUCAUUAUAGACUCAGUUGCAACACCGAAACGAGCCUACGUCGAGAGGCGCGAGAUUUCGAAAAGGAAUGGAAGAAAGUUAACGAGGCAGUAUCUGGGGUCAUGAAAGAAUUGGAGAAACUGACUAAAAAGAUAGAAUCCUCUAAAAAAGUGGUUGAAUACGACGAACAGAGUCUACGCGAGUUGGAGGAAAAGUUAAACCAAAACGAGAACAAUAAUCAAUUGAUUGAGCAAUACAUGAAAGAGGAUGCGAAGGAGUAUAAGGAACUGGAGCUACGAAGACAGAAACUUAGCACAGAGUUACAGACUUAUCAAGAGGCAAUUAUUAAGAGAACUAACGAAGCGAAAGAAAUGGAAAUUAUCCUUGAUAGAACGAGUAGAUUGUACGACCAAGCAUUAGCAGAUUAUCGACAAAUGUUCAAUCAAUGGAAGGAGAGCGUAAUCAUGUUGCAGCAAAGAAAUAAUGAUAUCAAAAAUGUUCUUCGAGUACGACACAAAACAUCACACUAUUUUAUCUAUUGCUAUAUAAAUUAUUAUUUUAUUCCACGAAUAACUAGGAAUUAUUCUAUGCAGAAUACUGAAACAUUGCGAGAGACUUUAGAAAAUGAGAAAAGCGUACUCGAGGAAUCAGAAAACUUUUUAAAGGAGCAAACCGAGAAUAACAAACAAGCGGAACAAUCGAUUAAAGUGUUGGAGAAGAAGCUUUUCGAUAUGAGAGAGGAACAAUGCAAACUGAAGGAAACGUUUGAUGUGUACGAAAACCAGCUUGCGAUACAGAAGAACGUUGCAAAAGAGUUGACUCAACGUGUGGAACAAGUACGAGUUGACACAAAACGGAAAGAGACAGAAACACGGAUCAAGUAUGCGAAAAUAGAGAAGCUAGAGAAACAAGUGAUCGAAUUAACUGGAAAGUUGGAAGCCAUCGAUAGUCAAAAAUUGAAUAUCGAAGAGAAGGCGAAGGAACUGGAAAGCAUAAUUGAGGAACACGAGAAGAAGAAAGUAGCGUUGAUCAAGGAAGUUAAUCAACUCCAAGCUGCGAACUUACGUAUCACAAAUGAAACAAAGCAACUAGAGAACGAGAGCAAAGUUUUGAAGACGCAGUACGAAAACGAAUGUAAAAAGUCGGAACAUUUGGAUAAAUUGUACGCCAAGCAUGAGAAAGAGUUAGAGGAAAAGAAACAACGAUUGUACCAAGUGGAAUUCGAGGUGCAAAAGGCUGUAAUGAAAUUGGACAGAUUGAGAGGGCACGAGCAGGACAAGGGUGAAGCAGAAAGGAAACAGCAAAAGAUAGAGGAGCUACAGAGCACUUUAAACGAAAAAAUGGACAUGUCAAAAUUAUUGCAAAAACAAAUUGCAAGCUUAGAGCACGACAUGAGAAAAAUAUCGAACAGCAUGGCAAGCAACAAGAAUCAAUUAGAGUAUUUAAGAAACAAAAGGCAAGAUCUAGUUCUUCUCAUGGAUGCAGGAGAGAAACGACUCAAGUCUGCCCAAAAUCGUUUCGAAGAGAAACAAGUGGAAGAAAGUAUCUUACGACUCAAGGUUUCGCAGAUGGAAAAGAUGGUUUCUAAUCUUGGGGAUAAUGUUUAUGAUUUGAAAAGAUAUCGGCUAGAAUUGGAAGCUGCGAUACGAGAACGCAAGGCUGAGAUCUCCGUGCAGAAGGAUUCCCUUGUAGUUCAGAAAAGGGUUGCUGCCAACGAAUGCUCAGAGUUAAGAAACGCUAUUUCGGAAAGGAAAAUACGAAUCAAACAAUUGCAGACAAGAUACGAAAAUGGGGCAGCUAUAUUAGGCACCAAAGAGGACGGCACGCCCAUAAAUACGACUCAUUUGAAGAUCCAGAAUGCGCAGGAGAGGUACCUUUUGCAAGAACAAGGUGACAAACUGGAUGAAACGAUCAGGAAAGCGGAGCACGAGAUACAAGCCAUGGAAAAUACGCUACGGGUGAUAAAUGUCUGCAACGACAAAUACAAGACGACAUUAACAGAGGAUGAACAAGAUAAAGAUAAAGUAGAAGAACACAGGAAAUUGGACCGAGAGCUACAGAAUGCGAGACAGAGUCUAAAAGAAAAACAGGAUGAAUUCCGAUCCUUAACAAACGAUUUACAGAGAAUGCAAAACGAUUACGCCCAAAUUCUUAAAGAUAUAGACGAGGCUCGAGAAACGAAAGAAAAUAAAGAUCAAUAUUUAACGGAGCUGAAACAGCAAAUCCACGACCAGGAAGAAAAGAUAUCGAGAGCUGACAAAAAUUUGAGAAAUGCUCAGAAAGAUAUUCAACAAAUGUUUUUAACUACGGGAAACGAAACGGUAUUGAUACAAGAGAAAGAAGUAGAACUACGGGAAAUCCAAGAACAAAAUUCCAUCGUCUUGCAAGACAUCGCAGAAUUUACAAUUAAUCACGUGGAAGCUGAAGCUUACAUAAAAAAGCUUCUGGCAGCUAAAAACAUAGAACUACCUCCCGUUCCGUUACCCGAUCAAUCGUCAACGUCCAGUCAAUGUCCCAGUACUAAACGCUCGGUGGAUCAUUUGCCAAAGACGUAUCGCAAGACCGUCGCGGUAACGUCCAGAGAAAGUAUCGGAAAUAUCGUCAACAUAGAACCUGAAUUUCAAAGUAAGCCCACAAUUACGCGCGAUAGUUUAGUUAAUUGCAACACACUCGUACGACUUUUACUUUUGUUUCAGCGAUCUCGACGAAGGCUUCGGUGAGAAGUAUCGUCAGACAUGAACAAAAGUCUGUAAAAGUACAGAAAUAACUACAAGUUUUUAAAAAGUUUUUUCAUUUUCAAUGGAAUUCUUAUUAAGACUUUGAUAAAUAGUCGAAGAGUAAAUACUAUUCUUGUGAUACCAAAGAGGAAGUAAAAGUUAACAAUAUCUAGUGGAUGGUAAAGGGGAGUUGUUAGUGUUAGAGAAUAUUCC